AUGGAGGUUGAUAUAGUUGAACCGUUAGUUUGUGUUGCCGCUGAAGUUUCUGAAAAUUUAUCAAACGAUCAAGAAAACUUAGCCGCCAAUGUCGCAGAGCAUGGUCACAAGUCAAACAAAUUGUCGGAUGUUAUGGAUGUUGGAAGUGAAGAGAUGGAGCCUGGUGAUGAGUUACCAGAUCAUCGUAACCUACAAGAAGAUGAGAUACCAAGAGUUGGAAUGCGAUUUCCUCAGCUACAGAUGGCGCAUGACUUUUAUGUGUCCUAUGCAAAGAAAACUGGAUUUGCAACUAAGAUAAGGACGACAACAUUUGACAAGAUCACGAAGGCUCCCAUUAAUCAAGCUAUACACUGUAAUCGCGACGGGAUCCGCGAGUCUCGUGUUAAAGCACCAACGCGGAAGAAUACGAUUUCAGCUGCUGGGUGCAAGGCAAGGAUAUAUGUAAAGUUUGAUAAAGACGUGCAAGACUGGGUUCUGCUCAAGGCUGACUUGACGCACUCUCACCCUUGUUCACCGAAAAAGGCAGUGCACUAUCAUGAGUAUAGGCAGUUGACCAUGCAUGCGAAGUGCGUGAUCGAGGAUAAUGAUGAGGCUGGGAUUCGACCAAACAAGACAUUCCUUGCUUUGUCAAAUGAAGCUGGUGGCCCCUCUAACUUGGGAUUCUCAGAGAAGGAUUUAAGAAAUUAUAUAACAGCAAGGCUCCGAAGUAGCAACGUUAAUGCGGAUGUCAGGGAGAUGAUGAGCUACUUUAGGAGAAUGAAGGACAUCAAUCCGAACUUCUUUUACGCGGUGAAGUUAGACGAUGAGUGUAAAUUUAAGAGUGCAGUAUGGGUUGAUGCAAGGUGUAGGGCGUCGUAUGAAUACUAUGGAGACGUCGUGUCAGUUGAUAGCACGUACAAUACAAAUAGGCAUGGAUUACCGUUUGUGUCGUUCGUUGGGGUCAACCACCAUGGUAGGUCGACCCUCCUCGGCUGUGCUUUGUUGGGGAAUGAAGAAAUCGGAAGUUAUGAGUGGGUUUUUCUCCAAUGGGUGAAGUGCAUGGGAACUGCUCCAAAGUGUAUCAUAACCGAUCAAUGUCGAUCCCUUUACCGUGCGAUCAAAAAUACUUUACCCGACACACGCCACCGGUGGUGCAUUUGGCAUAUUAUGAAUAAGCUACCUUCGAAGCUUGGGGGUUACCGCCGGUACAGAGCUUUGUAUGGUGACCUAAACGACAUUGUGUGGAACUCUCGGACGGAGGAGUCAUUUGAAGAUGAUUGGGCUGAUUUUAUAGAUGAGUACAACCUACAUAACAACACAUGGCUGUCAGAUCUGUACGAUGACCGACGCAUAUGGGUUCCAAUAUACUUCAAGGGUGAAUUUUGGGCAGGAAUGUGGAGUACGCAGAGGAGUGAGAGCAUGCACGCAUUCUACGGUGGAUACUUACACAGUAAAACUAGCUUGGUCCAAUUUGUUCAUGAAUAUGACAAUGUGCUUGGAGUCAAGGAGCAGAGGGAACUGGAGGAUGAUGCUGCAGACUCGAGGGGGGCUAACUGCAGAGUUUCUGCAGUUGAUGAACAGGGUCCAGUGGUCUGCGUGAAGGUGGAAGAGGAGAAACUACUCAACGAUACUAUUCUAUGCGUUCCGUAUGAUGUUCACUUUGACCGUUCCACACAUGAGCUUCGUUGUGAAUGCAAUCUUUUUGAGAGUUCAGGUGUGUUAUGCUGUCAUUGCCUUGAAGUUUUUCAUUCGUAUAAAGUGUACAAAGUACCUUCCUGUUAUAUUCUUCCUCGAUGGAGCAAGAAGAUAAAGCGCAAGCAUACGUAUGUCAAAAGUAGCCAUGAUGUCAGUCGGUCAGAUGAGAGUCAUGUUGCAUUCAGGGAACUGUGUGCACACUUCUAUAAUGUUGCUCAAGAGUUCCUCGGUGAUGAUGAAGAAACAGCAUUGCUGCAUGUUGCUUUGGAAGAAACAAGGGCCAAGUUGGCUACGCACCGAGCCAAAAAGAGGUCCGAGAGCAUGGCAGAGACUCAGACCAACAUUGGCUCUCAGAGUUCGAAUGAUGUCGGUGUUGAUGACAUACAAGGCCCAUCGAAGGUCACCACAAAGGGCAGGCCAAAGAGUAAGAGGCUUGGCUCUGCCCUUGAGAAGUCCAUCAAGAAUUCAAGACGGAGAAAGCAAAAGAAUUCACAUCCGGUGGUUCGUCCGCACACAUUUCAAGAUAUAAACCAUUGUGAUGUUUCUAGCCUGGAUGUUCCCAAACAAGACGGUGGUUUCAUGUCUUUGUUAAGCUCCUUCAACCAAAAAUGGGAUUAG